AUGGAUCCAAAUCAUGCGAGUAAGGUUAAUAUUACCUAUAUACCAAAUGAUUUUGUUUUCUCAAUUCUCUCUAAACUUCCUGUUAAAUCUCUAAGACGCUUUUCUUGUGUUCGCAAAUCAUGGACUCGUCUAUUAGAAAACCAUAAUUUCAUCAACAUAUUUUGCAAAAAUCUUUAUUCUGGAUCUCAUUCACUCGAUGAUGAUAUUUGCGUCAUUCUAAACCAGGUUGUACUAGAUCCUUUUCACUGUACAUUUUAUUUACUUUCUGGUGACAAGUUUGAGAAUAAAGUGAAAUUGGAUUUGCCACCUCCAUUUCAUAUUCAACAUAAUCGUGUUAGUGUUAUUCGAAUUUUAGGUUCAGCUACUAAUGGAAUUAUUUGUAUCUACAAUUGUGAUAAUCAUACAAUAGCAGUAUUGUGGAAUCCUGCUACUCAGGAAGUUAUGGUCAUUCCUCCCAGCCUUGCUGAAUUUAAGCGUGAGUUUAUCACUAAAAUUACUCUUCAUGGAUUCGGGUAUGAUCAUGUUAGAGAUGACUAUAGUGUAAUUCAACAUGUAUGUUAUACUAAAUUUAAAGAACAUCGUUUAGAUAAUGUUAUACCUCACCCCUUUUGGGAGAUAUAUAGUCUAAAAAAUAGCUGCUGGAGGAAAAUCGAUAUUGAUAUGCCAACACGUAAUUGGAUUUAUAACAGUGAUUUGUACUUGAAUGGGAUGUGCCAUUGGUGGGGUAAAAAUAAUAAUUUGGUGUCAUUUAACUUGUGCAAAGAAGAGCACUUUAUUACACCAUCUCCCUUUGAAGAUGUGCAUGAUACUUUAGAUAUUCACUUGAUAGCGUUAAAUGGGCAUGUUGCUAUGAUAUCUUAUUCUAAAAAGGCCAUAUCUUUCCAAAUAUCAAUUUUGGGUGAAUUUGGUGUUAAGGAAUCUUGGAUUAGACUCUUCUAUUUUCGAUGCUUGUCUUGCAUUGAACAAUCUAUUGGGGCAGGGGAGAAGGGAAAUAUCUUCUUUACAAGAAAAGAUGGUCAACUAGUUUGUUUUGAUUUAACUACUGGGAUGGUUGAGAAUGUUGGUCUUAAAGGAGAAAUUUUAUGGAGCCAGACGGUGAUUUACAAGAAAAACCUUCAAUUGAUUGGAGCAAUAGACAAGUAA